AGCUCAUCACCAGCUUCACUCCUCUUUACUCAACUGACAAAGUUGACUGGGUCUGACAUCGAGUCAUCACCAUGAGUAUCCGCACAGGCAACAGGACUUCCUCCAUUUCCCUUACGGGUGGAUACGGACGACGUAUCUCCGCCGCCCAGGCACCAAGUGUCUACGGCGGCGCCGGUGGCAGCAAUGUUCGCGUUUCGUACGCAGCCGGAACCAGGAGCGGCUUUGACCUGACUCAGGCUCUGGGUGGAGGUGGCGCGGACUACGGGAUGGGGUUCGGUGGCGGGCUCGGUGUCGGUGUCAAUCAAAAUGAGAAGGCUACCAUGCAGAAUCUGAAUGACCGUCUGGCCACCUACCUGGACAAGGUGCGCACGCUUGAGAAGAGCAAUGCCCAGCUGGAGCGUCAGAUUCGUGAGUGGUACGAGAAGAGAACCAUCGUCUCAUCGGACUACAGCAAAUAUCAGUCAGUCCUUGAUGACCUGCGCAGCAAGAUCAGCAUCGCCAGUCAAAACAAUGCCAGGAUCGUCCUGCAGAUCGACAACGCCAAACUUGCGGCUGAAGACUUCAAACUCAAGUAUGAGAAUGAGCUCGCAAUGCGCCAGUCUGUCGAGGGAGACAUCGCCGGCCUCAGAAAGGUCCUGGACGAGCUGACCAUGACCCGGUCAGACCUGGAGAUGCAGAUCGAGGGCCUGAGGGAGGAGCUGGUCUACCUCAAGAAGAACCACCAGGAGGAAAUGGCUUCCCUGCGCGCUCAGAUGUCGACCAGCUCAGUGAACGUGGAGGUGGACGCCGCGCCCCAGGAGGAUCUGUCCCGCAUCAUGGAGGAGAUCCGCGCGCAGUACGAAGGCAUCACCGAGAAGAACCGCCGCGAGAUGGAACAGUGGUACAAGGUCAAGUUUGAUGAUCUCAACAAGCAGGUGUCCACACACACAGAGGUCCUCCAGACGUCCCGCACCGAGAUCAGCGAGCUCCAGCGGACCCUUCAGUCCCUGCAGAUCGAGCUGCAGUCUCAGCUCAGUCUGAAAGCAGCGCUGGAGGGCACUCUCCGUGAGACCGAGUCUCGCUACAGCCUCCAGCUCAACCAGCUGCAGGGCAUCAUCAACAACCUGGAGUCGGAGCUUAACCAGAUGCGCAUCGACAUCGAGCGCCAGGGCUCUGAGUACAAGAUGCUGCUGGACAUCAAGACCCGUCUGGAGAUGGAGAUCGCCGAGUACAGGAGACUGCUGGACGGAGAGGAGAUCCAGAAAACUGUCGUCAAAAAGGUCGAAGUUGUCAAACCUGACCCACUUAUUACCAAGAGGGUGAGGACUAUCGUGGAGGAGGUUGUGGACGGAAAGGUGGUCUCCCGCGAGGAGGACGUGGACAUCGAGGUGCUGAGCGGAUCAAGGUCAUAAGCCCCAUCUUUUUCCACACACCGUGACCCUGGAAGGAACACAACAAAGUUAGGGAGCUAAGGCUCUGAGUGCAAGAAACAUCACAGUUCAAACAUAACACUCCAACAUAAAUGUCAUGUUUUUGUUUUUGCAGAGCAAUAAAAAAAAGUAAUUCAAAAUCA